ACCGGUGAGAGCUCCACGUCUCCAACCAAAUUCCAUCGUCUUCAACCCAACCCAACCCAAACACCACCAUGAGCAGGGGGAGGAGCAGGCUGAGCUGGCUGUGGAGGGCGCCGGCGAGGGCGCUGGGGAGGGCGCGGGACAUGUACGUGCGGGGGAUGACGGGGUGCGCGCGCUGCGUGCCGGCGGACGCCGCGUUCGGCUACCCGGUGUUCGUGCCGUCCUCCGCCGCCGCCUCGAUGAGGAGCAACAGCUUCGGGUCGGACUCGCGGUUCGGCGGCGGCGCCGACGACGACCUCCGGGAGCUGAUCCGCGCGGCGUCGCAGAGGCGCGCCGCGGAGCAGGAGCGGGAGGCGCGGGCCGUGGCCAGGAGCCAGAGCAUGGCGUCGGGGAUCUCCAUGGCGCGGAUCGACGAGGACGCGCCGUGCGAGGAGUUCGGCGACGCCGGCGUGAUGCACUACCCCAGGAGCCAGAGCUGCGUCGGCGGCGUCGGCGGGAGGAUCGCUCACUGUCACAGGAAGGUGGCGGCCUUGGCCUGAGCUGCUGCCCGCCGGUCGUGCUCGCGACGGUGUUCAUCGCCAUUAAUGGUCUUCUCUGGAGGUCUAGUAGCCAUUCAAACUUUGGGAUUUUGCGUUUGUAAAUAUGAUUUUUGUUGAGAAUUCGUGAGUCGUAAUUGCUAUUUUUGCUGCUGCAAAACAGGGGCAAAUGCAAGAAACUGAAUAGUAUUUUCGGAAUUGCUAUAUGUCACGCAAAAGUUAGCUUAACUUAGUUUUUUUUUCCCUUUUA